UGAUAAUAACAGAUUCAAUCUCUGUAAACGCAAGAAUUGUGGUUUGGGCUCUUCAACAUUUCUCUAUUCCUCUCAAGGAUUUGAGGAUCAUCACUCAAGCCUCACUACUUGGGUUUUUGAAUCAGUUGUUUAUGUUCCUUCACUGGGUUCCGUUUGGUGGCCCAAAAAAUCUAGGAAAACAAAGGGAUCAGGACUUUGUAUCCUGAAGAAUCCCCACUCAACUGAGCGUAAUGGCACUACUGUAUUUGGCAGAGUGGUUCAAGAAACCCGAGAGAGAGAGAGAUCCACACACACACAAAAGAUAAGACUCAAAACCUUGAUUUCCGUUAUUUUCCUUCAUUUCUCUGCUACCAAAUGGAAGUUUUGGCUGAUUCCUAGUUUUCUUGAUGAAAUGUUUAUGUACUUUCCAUGAGGAUGUACUUGGUUUGAAUGCAGAAGGAAGCCUUUAUUUUAAGUCAUCUUCAUUGUCAACUGUUAUCUCAAUCUCAGAGAAACCUGGGUUUCACAACCAACUUUGGCUGUUAGAAUUGGUGAAAGUGCUUAAACCUGGCGGGUUUGUGUUCUUACAAGAACCAUCAUUGUUCAUCAAUGGGAACAAGGAUUUUGCUGUUGGCGAGUCUAGAGCUUGUUUAGAGCGCAAUCUUUUAUUUGCGGGUUUCUAUUCAGUGGAAGGUUUUGAAUGCCUCGAUCAUACUGGUGAAAUUGGAUGUUCAAAUCAAGAGUUUGAACUUAUUGCGAUCAAAGCAAGAAAAACAUGCUGCAAUGUAGAGUCAUCUGCUCUCCAAAAGAAAAAGAUUCUCAGAGUUGAAACUCCAACAGUUGCUGCCGUUAACACAUUACAAUCACGUAUUGAGGAUGUAGAUGACUUUAUUGAUGAAGAUACUUUGCUUACAGCAGAAGAUUUAAGUAGGACUGAGUUGCCAUUAGACAAUGCUUAUGUUUUAAGGGAACGGAUACGUGAGCGUAAUCGCCUUUACCAACGUAGACGCAGAGCAAGAAUGACAGAAGAACAAAAGAACCGUGAAAAGGAACGAAGGCGACAGUAUAUGCAAAACCGCAGAAUACAGCCAAUUAGUUAUGAAGUACCACUCCCUCCAGCUAGCUACAAAGGAGCAGAAGAAAGUGACCAAAAUCAACAGUGUGCUCAGCAGCUUCGAGAAUCUAUAGUUGAGAUGGAAAACAACCAGGGCAUGGGAGCUGGUGAAGCUUCAUAAUGUAAAGGAACCUUUGUGGCAGAGGCCCAUUAGACUGGUAGACAUGAAAAUUUUUAUAUUCUAGUGCUGUAAUGGCUGCUGGUUUAACCUAUGAUUGUGUAAAUAUCAGAAAGAAUGUACAAGCUGGUAACAGUUUACCAAUUCAGACCAUUAUACGAGCCACUGAAUCUACGGAUGCAGUCAGAAACCUGGAAUUUAUACAUGUGAAUGAAGAUAAGUGGGAAUAUAAUUGCAAGUUGGAAUAUAUAGUUUUAGAAAAUGGGAGCAGUGCUGGUCUUAGUGUAAAGAAGACUCUGCCCCACAAUGUUUUAUCAUUUUGAAUUUAAUUUCCUAUGUAUAGGGAAAAUAUGAUGGAUCAUGUGCUUUUUCUGCUGAUCUGUGUUGUGUAUACAAAUUACAAAGUAAUAAACCUGGAUUCUGAUA